UCCGCUCGUCUCCACUCUUUUAUUUACUCACUCUCAUCUAAGAUGGCUGUUCGGAGCUCCUGAGUCCCCCGAGCGUAGCGACCGAGGAUGCUUGCGCCUCCAGAAUCAACUUUUACCCGGCCAUCCCUUCACAUACGCACCCCGUAAGGUGCGGAGGGUACUCUAGCAUCGGUACAGCCUCCGAAAGCCCCUCGAAUCCGGCUUGAAGCUCUUUAAAUCAAGUUGUUUGGCGAAGUCAAGCCCCGCCACUGAUAGUGAGUGAGUGAGUGUCCAGGAGCGCUGAACAUCCAAAUGGCCGAACCGAGAAAAGUGCAGUUUGUCACCCUGUCGGCCCUAGCCGGCGGUCCGGGCGCGGAUAGCAGGAGACGGCGGCUGGAGGAGGACGGGGCCGCCGAGAUGAGUUUUGACAGAGAGGGCAGGAUGAAGAUGAUGGGGACCGGGGUGACGACAGCGGGUGACCGCGGGGGCUUGAUCGGGAAGAGAGACAGCGAGGAGCCCAAAGGGAAGACCGUGCGCCUCAACCUGUGUCUGUCCGAGCCCAGCGAGCAGUGCUCGGCCGAGUUCAACUACAGCGAGCUCAUCCAGUCUCAACAGCCCAAGAAGAAUCCACCAUGUUCAAAGUCUUCCCUGGACCCCAAUGAUCCCUUUAACGAUGACGAGAAGGAACGUCUGCAGGUCGAAGCCCUGGCCAAAAAGUUCGAAAGCAAAUACGGUAAUGCAGGGAAAAAGAGGCGGAAAGAUCGGAUGCAGGAUUUGAUUGACAUUGGCUUCGGCUAUGAUGAGAGUGACCCCUUCAUAGACAACUCGGAAGCAUAUGAUGAGCUUGUACCAGCCUCCCUGACCACCAAGCUUGGCGGAUUCUACAUUAAUACGGGUACUUUGCAGUUUCGAGCUGCCUCUGAAUCUGAGGGAGAGGACAAAGCGAAAGAUGAAAAACCCAGGAUAAGAGAUGGAGAAGAACCACUGAUGAAAAGGAGGAAGAAGAAAGAUGUAGCCGGUAUAGAGGAGAAAAAACCCAGGAAGAACAAAGUAGCAAAACAAGGACUGGCUGGUCUCAGCCUUCAUCGUCCUGAAAAAAAGAAGAGGAAGAAACUGAUGAAGGAUUCUCUCUGUCUGGCUGCAAUGCUCCGCCGCUUCACUCGAGAGAAGGAAGAGAUUCGGAAACAGGACGUCAGCGGCUCUCAUCUGGGUCUCACCAGCACUCCCAACUCCAACAACCUACUGCAGAACUCUCAUUUGCACAUUGGCCACACCAACCACACUGACCUCUCGCUCGCUGACCUGACUGCUGAGCCCGCCAUGAUGUCAUUGCUCAGUUCGGCCAAUGAGAGCGAGCUUCAGGAUAUCAUGCGUGACUUGGACUUCAGUUCAUUAGACGCAGCGCCCCAGAUUCCCUCAUCAGGCAGGGAGAACGGACAGGUUGGCUUGGGUUCAUCAUUGGGGAACAAAAUUGGAGUAGGGGGGCUGAAUCGAGGGCAGGCCGGGGUUGUGUCUUUUCCAACUCUUCCCAAUGGACUUCCAGCCCCUUUGAUCAAGCGCAUAGAGGACCUACGAGCCGCAUCGAGGCAAUUUGAUCAAGAGGGCAGAAAGAAAUUCUUCACUCUGGAUAUGAAUAAUAUCUUGCUGGAUAUUGAGCUGCAGGUUCAGGAGCAGCCCGACCACGUGCGUUCAGAGGUUUACUCUCAUCUAGAGGCCUUUGUGCCCUGUAACAAGGAGGCGCUACUCAAACGACUCAAGAAACUCAGCCUCAACAUACAGGAUGACAGUCUCCGCACACCCUUGUUAAAGCUCAAACUGGCUGUGUGCAGCGUGAUGCCAGAGCAGAUCGCCAGAUAUAACAUGGACUGCAUGGCAAAAGUUGCAGCCAAGCAGCAGAUAGAAGAUGGAGAGAAGAACGGAUCAGAGGAUGACGAUGAGGAGAAACCAGGGAAGAGGGUGAUGGGACCAAGGAAGAAGUUCAUAUGGGAUGACAAACUCAGGACUCUGUUGUGUAACCUUGUGCGUGUGAAGCUGAGCUGUUACCAGUUGGAGCAGUGCUCUCUGUCUGUGGAGGACUAUCUCAAAGCCUUCAUGGAGAAUGAAGUCAAGCCCCUGUGGCCCAAAGGCUGGAUGCAAACCAGGAUGCUUUUUAAGGAGAGUCGUGCGGUACACGGACACCUCACCGGCCUAGGCAAGAAAAGGAUUGUUCCAACCGCAAAAGCUGCCAAAAUGACGGAUAUGGUCUGGACACAAAGACCUGCUCCAGGUGUUGGAUCCACCUCAGCCUCACCUGCCUUACCUGCAUGCAGACCUUCAUCCCCGUCUGAGCCCAUCUGCCUCUCAGAUUCACUGGAUGAGGAUCUGGCAGCCAACUCUCUGGACUCCAUCUCCCAAGCUCUCGCUCUCCUCAGUAAUGCAGCCAAGGGCCUGACGCCCAACAACGGCAUCGCCGCUUCCUCUGCUCCCAGUGUCCCCGGAUCUUCAUCAGGAGUCGCCCACUACUCUUCUCCUCUCUCACAUUCCACCCUUUCAGCAAAAAUGGAGCCUUCUGGUAUCCCUCUGGGUAAUAUGAGCAGUAUAUCUACCUCUCCUUCCCUCUCCAUCUCUUCUCCAUCAUCUUCCAUGCGAGGCGACAACUUUGGGAUCCUAAAAGAUGGCGGGGCCUUGCAAAGACUCUCGGGGACACAGACUCACAGAGCUGGCGUUUCAGGAAUGAGCACGGUGCAGUCCACAAAACCCCGUCCACCCCCUACUGCCUCACCCCUCUUGCCUCCACAGCAGAGGUCAUAUGGGACAAUGGGAGUGAAGAUGGUCCAGACUCCACCCCUAGUGAAAAACUGUGCAAAUAAAUCCACUACUGGUGGCAAUACUGUAGUUUCCCAGCCACGUGUGAACACUAUUCCCUCACAGCAGUCUCCUACUCCUCCUCCAACCACGUCAUCUCCUUCUACCCUGCUGGCACAGGUUAAGACCAUCCCACACAACCAGUCGAACUUCAUCACGCCAAUGCAGGCCACUCUUACUAAGUCUUCCCACAGUAGCAACUCUCCCAUCAUUAAACUCACGCCGCGACCCCCUGCUCCUACUCCUCCUCCAUCUUCUUCACCCUCGCCUUCAUCAUCCCCUUCUCUUACUCAUCCCAGACCCCAAAUGAUCCCCAGCUCACACCAGUUCAGCCCCAAGAGCCCUGCUUUCAGACCUCCCUUCACCACGCAAGCUGCCGGAGUCACAUCUGCGGUCAAAUCCAUUUCAGGACAAGCUAGUUACAGUUUCGCAGGUGGACACAAAUCCGCCAGUCCCCCCGUUGGUGGAGCUAGCAUCACCAACACCACCCCAAUGGCUGUGCCCCUGUCUGCUGGGUGCAAGGAAGGUAGUCCCUCCCCUUCGGCACCACCAGCCAAUCACAACCAGCGGCAGAGGCAGGUGGGAGGGGCUUUCCAGGGUGCUAAAUCUUCAACAAGUCGGGCAUCAGCCAUGACCCUGCCCUCUCCACCGGUCUCCUCUCAUCUGUCACAGGGGUCUCCGUCUUCUGGAAGUAACCUGUUAGGCUCUGUGCCCCCUUCACUCCCCCUGGGUUUCGGGAUGCUUGGGGGUCUAGUGCCUGUUUCUCUCCCCUUCCAGUUCCCGUCGCUCCUCAACUUCAGCCCUACGGGCCCCGGAGUCCCCGGCUGCAGUAACAUGGGCUCUUCAUCCGCCCCCAACUCAGGAUACACACUGGCACAGAAUCUGUUUAAGAGUCUUCAGCCAGGGUCUCAGGUUGCUCUACCUCCUCACUUGCAGCUUGCUUUCUCAGAUGCAAACCAAAGUCAGGGGGGAGACACGAAGAGGAAAUCCCACUGACCUCCACCAGAAUGUAGAUGUCUUCAGCUGCUGGGAUCAGAUGAGGUGGUGGUCGGACACUGUACUGCGCAUUCAUCAAGCCCCCUUCAGUUAACACCAUUCUGCUUUGAAUCCAUCAGGAGGAUUGGAGUGAGCUGCUGCAUUUGAAUUCGAUUUUGUUCGUCAACAUGUUUACACGAGACCUUAAUCACUGUGGACUUUGAGCUAGAGGAGGAAGAGGAGGAGUACGAAACAAAGCAACGUAACUUCUAUUUAAGUUAAAGUUGGCUGGAAACCUGUGUUUAUUUUCUUAAUAGAUCUUUUGUUAACUCCUAAAGGGACGCGCUAGUACGACCGGUUCCUUCUCCAGACUGUUAGAAUAGUAGCUGUUGGGUAAAUUAUUGAUCAUGUUUUCCACAGGGACAUAUUAUGACGUGUCGGUAGAAUAAAAUGGGUAUGUAUAUAUAAAGUAUACAUGAAUACGAUGUGCUCGACUUUUCUUUUGGAAGCUGGUGUGUAUGACGUUCCUCAUGUCUUGCUGUCUUUGGUGCUGCGUGCGUAUCUCACUGGACCUUGUGAAAGAUUCUUUUACAGAUGAAUGAGUGACGUGUGAAAGCUUUUCAGAGAUAAUAAAUUAUGAUGAUUAUAGCCUACUUGAACUUUUAGUUUUGCUUAAUAAUAAGAAUAAUAUAUCAGUACAGAAACUCCCAAGACUUUCAAUAAGACGCCUUAGUUUGUACGUUUAACUAUGCAGGACUGUAAAUGCUUCAAUGCAAUGUAAGCUAGAGCUCCACUUUUAGCUGCGUUUGUGUGGAGAUUAAUGUGUGUGUGUGUGUGGAGGUUUUUGUUCUGUCUGGUCCCUUCUUCCCCAAUACCUCACUGGACAGCUAGAUCUUCCUUCUGCAUCUCAUCAUCACUAAUCAUGUCCAGCACUGCUCAUCUGCAUCUUCUGACUGUUUCAAUGGCACCAAAGAUGACGGCGGCGUUUGCUCUGUGUGGACAAGCAACAGGUCAGGUGUCUGUAUGUGCUCGUUGUGUUUGUGUGUGUGAGAUCUCUGCUCGUCUCUCUCUGUGGUUAUCUUGUGAUGGACAGACUUUUCAAAUGGAGUUUUCUAUAUUUGCUUUAUUUUAUUGGUAAAGAAGCGCUCUAUUGGAGCGGGCAGGAUUUCCCCUUGAAUUGAUUUAUGGGUAGAUUAUUUUUGUCUUGAUCCUGGAAUUAUAAUGCUGUCAUUUUUGUUUCGAGUACAAGCUCUAAAGAUUAAUUCAAUAAAAAAAGGUUUUAAAACAG